AUGACAUUCCUGGCCGUUUCCCCUCUCCAAUCAAACUCCAGAUAGAGGGUGGGACACGUGGACGUGGGAGGAGUUGUUUUGGGGUGUUGUGAAUUCUUGUAGCCAAGAAAUCUUGAGUGGGAGUUGCCGGACCGAUUUCUUUUUGCGUUUUGUCCGUCGAUUCGCAGCGAAUCUCAGCGCGCCAGCCCCAGCUAUGCCCGGGAUAGAGAAGCUACCGAUAGAGGAGACGCUGGAGGACAGUCCCCAGACUCGCUCUCUGCUGGGAGUGUUUGAGGAGGACACUGCUGCCAUCUCCAACUACUGUGCGCAGCUGUACCAGGCCAUGCAGAGGAUUUACGAUGCACAGAAUGAGCUCAGUGCUGCAACACACCUGACCUCUAGACUGCUGAAAGAGUACGACAAACAGCGUUUUCCUCUAGGUGGCGACGAUGAGGUGAUGAGUUCUACCCUGCAGCAGUUUGCGAAAGUCAUAGAUGAGUUGAGCUCCUGUCAUGCUGUGUUGUCCACCCAGCUCGCAGACGCCAUGAUGUUUCCCAUCACUCAGUUUAAAGAGAGAGACCUGAAGGAAAUCCUCACACUCAAAGAAGUCUUCCAGAUAUCCAGUGAUGAUCACGACGCAGCUAUUCACAGAUACAGUCGUCUAUCCAAGAAGAGAGACAACGACAAGGUGCGGGCGGAGGUGGUGGAGGACGUCUACACCUCCCGCAAGAAGCAGCACCAGACCAUGAUGCACUACUUUUGCUCCCUCAACACGCUGCAGUACAAGAAGAAGACGGCUCUGCUGGAGCCACUGCUGGGCUACAUGCAGGCGCAGAUCAGUUUCUUUAAGCUGGGCUCAGAAAACCUCACCCAGCAGUGGGAGGACUUCCUGGGAACCAUCGGAACCAGCGUCCAGAAUGUGCGUCGGGAGAUGGAGCAGGAGGUGGGGCAGAUGCAGGAGACCAUCCAGCAAAUGGAGAGGUCAUGUGAUCCCCUUUACGCGCCAUGUGACCCUGACCCCGCCUACUCACCUGUGUGCCGCAGCUUGACCAGAAAGCAGGGCUACCUGCACAUCCGCAAUAAGACGGGCCUGGUGUCGUCGUCCUGGGAGCGUCAGUACUUCUUCACUCAGGGCGGAAACCUGAUGCACCAGGGCCGAGGCGAGGUGGCGGGCGGUCUGGUCACAGACCUUGACAACUGCUCCGUCAUGGCCGUCGACUCUGACGACCGCAGAUUCUGCUUCCAGGUCACUUCCUUCGAUGGCAAAAAAGUCGUGACGCUACAGGCUGAGAGCAGGAAGGACUGUGAGGAGUGGAUCGCCACCAUCAACAACAUCUCCAAGAGGAUCUACCUGAGCGAGAACGCGGAGGAGGUGGCAGCCAGAGUCAACCAAUCAGCCCUUGAAGCUGUGACGCCAUCGCCGUCCUUCCAACAAAGACACGAGAGCAUGAGGCCCAGCAGUAAAGGGCGAGCGGGUCGGGCGAGCAGCAUCAGCUCUGUGGGCUCUGAGCCGUCACCUGCUCUCUCCGUGCUCUCAUUGGACGCUCUGGUUGCCCCGGACACGCCCAUCCAGUUUGACAUCAUUUCCCCCGUCAGCGAGGAGAACUCGGGACAGAGCAAGUCAGCGGCGCAGUCCGGCAGGAGGAGUAAUCCGUUUGGAGAAUCAGGGGACGGCGCAUCAGAGGACAGUGAAGACUCGAUCCUCCACCAGCUCUUCAUCGUUCGCUUCCUGGGCUCCAUGGAGGUGAGGACGGCCGAGUCGGUGGACGUCAUCUCUGAGACCAUGAGGCAGAUCCUGGCCGCCAGAGCCAUCCACAACAUCUUCAGGAUGACCGAGUCACACCUGCUGGUCACAUGCGACUGCCUCAAGCUCAUUGACCCUCAAACACAAGUCACUCGACUCAGGUUCCCUCUCUCCAGCGUGGUUCAGUGUUCGUCCCAUCAGGACAACAAGCGGCUGUUCGGUUUCGUCCUGCAUUCGACAGGCGGACGGGGCGACGCCCGAGCGGUCUGCUACAUCUUCGAGUCCAACAACGACGGAGAGAAGAUCUGCGACAGCAUCGGCCUCGCCAAGCAGAUAGCCUUCCACUCUGAGAUGGACCGUAAAGUGCUGGAGAAGAGGAAGGAGGAGGACAAGGCCAAAGAGAAGCAACAGGAGGAACUCAGCAAGCAAAGACAGAUAGAGAAGGAUCUGGAGGAGCAGAGUCGCCUGAUUGCUGCCUCCACUCGUCCCGCCAACCCGCCCGCCCCUGACGGACAGUUCCUGGUCCUUAGCAACAGCCAAUCAGAGGACAGCGAUGCUGGGGAGGAGGGGAAGAAGAAGGGUGAGUCUGAAGCCUAGCGACCCUCAGAGGACUCAUGUUUUACCUCCCGGACAAGUCCCAGCUCAGGAAUCAGAGCAAGAGAACAUCAACCAACCACCCGCCCGCCCGCCCGGGAUGCCUGGGGACCGGAAAACAUGCGCUUCCUCUGUGCUUAAACAAACAAACCUAACGCACCCUCGCUAUAAGAGGAGGAGCGGACUUGGACUUUUCAGUGUGUAAAAGACGCUUCUUUUAUAUCGGCUCCACUAUCAAGAGAAGACGUUAAACAUAGAUUAACCUGUAAGUUUCCGUUUUUUAUUUGGGUUUUUAUAAGAAGAGCAAACAACGGCGACGCACGAUAAAAAAAAAAAAAGCAGGAGAACAAGAACCAGGACGUGAUGGAGACGUCAGCAGUAUCAACACGUCUUGCUCAAUUGCAGCAGGGCAGCUCCGCUUCUCACCCGUGUUUAAUGAUGCUCUUAAGAGGAAGGAAGACGCCUUCCUGUUACUGCCAGUCACUGGUUUCCAUUCAUCACAGAUUAGAGGUUAAUUACUCGAUUAAUUCAUCAACAGAGGAUUAAUAACCGAUUAACAGCCAUGUUUCAGGUAAAAACGCCAAAUAUGUACCAAGAAGCUUCUUUUUGUUUGAGGAAUGUGCUUUUUUUAUUUUGCAAAGAGACGGGAAAUCACGUGGGAGGGAGUGGACGACACGCAUCAGAGGGCACGCACGCCCAAGUUUCUUUCUUGAACUUUUACUGUUUCUAGAGAAAUGAGGUCACACUGUUCAGACGCCACAACGACGAAGAGUUUGAUGAUGUGAUUAAUUGUCAGAUGGUUUAAAUAAAAGCUGCAGAAGUGCAUGACGGUGACCACUUAAAUCUGAGAGGAUGUGAGAGCAGAUCGGAGGGAGAAUGAAGCGACUGCGCGGAUGUUAAAUUUCAUCCAUGUUGUUGCGUUUUGGUCCAGAGAACGACAGCAUCAGCUAAAGUCGGAGACUCAAACUGAGACGUCUCAGGGACUCAAGACUUUCAUUUUAAAAUCUAAUAAAGACCAAAAACAAUCUAAUAUACUAAAAAUAUCUGAUAAAAACGCUAAGAGGUAAUACGACAGAAUAUUUACGACACUAUUUUAACAACACUAACCAGAAGUUAAGUUGGUUACAUCUGUUUUUUUAAGUCUAUUGUCCAGGAGACAGUUGAGUUAGAGGUUGAUGGAAAAACAUUGAAGUUGUUUUAUCAAUUUAAAAUAUUACACUGAGGAAAGAAUAAAUCUGUAGUCGCUCCAUUAACGACACCUGCUUCCUCCAUCAGGUCGUCAUUUGGCCAAAACACGUCCAGAAAGUUUCUUUCUCUUUCACUCGAUUUGACUCGUGAUUUCUGCUUUUUUCUAACCUGCUGCAUAACAGUGAAAUUGUUUUAACAGUUGCCGAGAAUGAAACUGAACUCCAGUUGUUUUAACGCUCCUCUCUGAUUUAGCGAAAAAGUUCUGUAACUAAAACCAACGUUGGAGGAAAGGUUCAUGCUUCUGUUCGUCUCAGUAAUAGAAACACACUCACAAACCAAAUCAUUAGGUACGCUAGUGAAGGUGAUCUGAUACAGGAGUCCUGGUCUAAAUCUGGUCUUUACCUUUACUAACACAGAUUUUUCGUUACUGCUUGUUCUAAAAUGUGUAUCAUGACCUCAUCUAAGGCACGAUGGCGGUCUUCAAAACAAACCCACAGCUCUCCCAGUUAUUUGAAACCAAUGCUGAAUACCAGAAUGAGGAUGAGAUUUAGUUACAUUAUAAUGAGCUCACCAAUGUACCUAAUGAACUGGCAACUGAGCGUAGUUUGGUUCAAGCUAGCGUUUAGUGUGUUUAAUCCAGAAUGCCUUCCACAUCGUUUUAUAGGAAAUUUAAUGCACUAAAAAGAUGGAUUCGAAAAAAUCUUAAAGGUUUUUUUUUUUUUUUUUUUUUUUUAAUUAAUGUUUCUUCUUUUAUUUAUUUCUGUAUUGUGCCCAGAGCCAAAAUGGCCACCAGGGAGAAACGUAAUUGGUUGUGAAAAUACAAAUGACUAGUUGCGUGACAGUGAGGAUCAUGUAUGUGUGUUGAACUGAGCACACAUUUCAUAAAGAUCUGCAGUUUGACAAAGGAGACUUCAGCUUUCUUAUUCAACCAACAACCUACGAGGACAUGUCUCAUCUAGUGUUAAACGACGUGUCGUAAAAAUGGUUUUUCAUGUUUUUGAUUGAUUUUAUUGUAGAAAAAUAAGCUUUGUUUUCAGUGUUGUGGGCGUGUUGGGAUGUCUCUUUGUGUGUGGGGACGUUAGAGGUUUGGAAAAGCCUGAAACACACCAGGUGAUGGUUUCAUUUUUGCUUGUUUGUUUUUUGGGAAGCUGUUCUCCUGCUGUAACCAAGUGAAGGACUCGUGCUGAAGGAGCUGCACUUUACCAAGAAAAUUAAAAAAAAAAAAAAGUUUUAGAGAGCUGUAAAUAUGUUUCAGUGAUCAAUGUUCCAGUGUCAUGACUAAUAAUGAGAGGCUUUUCGGGGAUAAAUAAAGAACUAACUCCA